AUGACUAGGGAGUUGAGGGGAAUAAUAAGUUACUCUGCGAUUUGGGAUUUAUUACAAUUUCUUAACAUUUGUGACCCUACUGAAAUUGAACUCUUUUACACCAACCUCUCACUACAUCAAAUCGCCAAUGAAUUAAACAUCUCCAUGAAAUUACUAAGGAAGUUUUUAGAGAAAUUGGGAGUGAAAUUACCAUUUGGUGACGAGACCAGGUUAAACAUUACAUGUCUCAAAUACCUCGAAUUAUUCACCAAACACUAUAAAAUGAAGUAUAAACCUACAGAUAUAGAGGAUAAUGUGGAAAAUGAAGUAAAAGAUUAAUUCUCUAGAGCUUGUUCGUUUAAUCUAAUUUUAUCGUCCACAGUUUCUUCACGCUUCCCUAUCCCACUCACUAUUAUAUCUAUCCUCAAUAACAUACAAGCCUAUAUCAAUCAUAUU